CCCGCGCCGCUCGCCAUGGCGCCCGCGCUGCUGCUGGUGCCCGCCGCCCUCGCCUCCUUCAUCCUGGCCUUCGGCACCGGAGUGGAGUUCGUGCGCUUCACCUCCCUGCGGCCGCUGCUCGGAGGGAUCCCGGAGCCCGGCGGUCCCGAUGCCCGCCACGGGUGGCUGGCUGCCCUGCAGGACAGGAGCAUUCUCGCCUCCCUGGCUUGGGAUCUGGGUCUCCUCCUACUGUUUGCAGCACAACACAGCCUCAUGGCCACCGAGGCAGUGAAGGCGUGGACAUCCCAGUACUUUGGCGUCCUUCAGAGGUCACUGUAUGUGGCAUGCACAGCUCUGGCCUUGCAGCUGGUGAUGCGAUACUGGGAGUCCACACCCACAGGCCCAGUGCUGUGGGAGGCUCGGGCUGAGCCGUGGGCCACCUGGGUGCCCCUCCUGUGCUUUGUGCUCCAUGUUGUUUCCUGGCUCCUCAUCUUCAGCAUCCUUCUGGUCUUUGACUACGCGGAACUCAUGGGCCUCAAACAGGUUUAUUACCACGUGCUGGGGCUGGGUGAGCCUCUAGCUCUGAAGUCUCCUCGGGCCCUGAGGCUCUUUUCCCACCUCCGACACCCAGUGUGUGUGGAGCUGCUGACGGUCCUGUGGGUGGUUCCCACCUUGGGCACCGAUCGCCUACUCCUGGCUCUUCUCCUCACCCUCUACCUCGGCUUGGCUCACGGGCUUGACCAGCAAGAUCUCCGCUACCUUCGGUCUCAGCUACAAAGAAAACUCCAGCUUCUCUCCAGACCGCAGGAUGGAGAUGCAGAGUGAGGAAUUAGCUCCGGCUCUAAGCUCUGUACCUCCCUCCCC